AUGAAUGGUGGUUUAUCAACAAUAAAUGGGAAUGGAACCACUCUAGAAAAAUCCCAAUUCCAAUAUCCGCAAACCAAAUCAGAAUUAAAUUAUUUACUUGAUCAAUAUUAUAAAUUAUUAAUUGGAUCUAAAAGAAUAAAUGAUGAAUAUCUGAAAAAUGAUCCAUAUCUAGAAGACAAAAAAGAAAUUGAGAAAAUAUUGGGAGAUAUUACUAAAAAACAAAAGGAAUAUGAAAAAGAGGAGGAAUUGUUUUUAAGUGGUUUACGACUGGAAGAAGAUUUAGAUCUUUCACUAUUUUCAAAACAAUUAGCUGGGUUUGGGUUAUUAUCAAAAGAUUAUGAUUUACCAGAAAGUUUACAAUUACAAUUUGGUGGUACCGAAGAGAAUUCAAACAUUGAUGAAGUUGUAAAUGAGUUAACCACUACCAAAAUAGAUUUUGAAGAAAGAGCUAGCUCUGCAGGUAUAACAUCAACUACAAUAGAUGGAGUAGAUUUAAAAUAUGGAUUACUUGAUAAUAAUUAUUAUAGAGAAAGAAUUAUAAAUAAUAAAAUAUCCCAAAGAAUUAAGGAGCUUGAAAAUUUACCAGCUAAUAUAAGUGGGUUUGAUUCUGAUCUAAAACAAAAGGCAAUUAUAGAAUUAAAAUCUUUAAGAGCACUUGCAAAUCAAAAAAAGCUCAAAAACCUUAUACUAUCUCAAAAUUCAAUGCAAGUCAAAUAUAAUCAUCCAAAUUUAAAAGAUGUUCCAAUAUGUUUAUCAGAAAAAAGACAAUUUGGUAUUAGACCCAAAAUUGAACAACCACAUCCAGAAUUAUUAGCUAUUCAAUUACAAAAACUCAAGAAACAAGAAGCAAAAGAAUUAAAACGUCAAUUACAAAAAGUUAAAAUUGAUCAAAUUAUAGAAAAUUCUAAUAAUAAAAUUGAAAAAAAUUUUAUUUUAGAUAAUUAUAGAAAUACUUAUUUAGUAAAACAAAUUAAUAAUUAUCAUCAAAUUACGGAGAAAGAAGAGAGUAAAAAAUCAGAGAAAAAUGCAAAACAAAGAUUACAAGCUUUGAAAGCAAAUGAUGAAGAAGCUUAUUUGAAGUUGUUAGAUGAAACUAAAGAUCAUAGAAUUACUCACUUACUUAAACAAACUAAUCAAUUUUUGGAUUCUUUGACUGAACAAGUGAAACAACAACAAGAUGAAGCAAAUGGUGUUGUUUCGGAAGUUGUGGAAAAACCAGAAGUGCUAGAUGCUAAGGAGGAAUUACGUGAUAAAACUGAUUAUUAUGAAGUUGCUCAUAAAGUUAAAGAGGAGGUUGUAGAACAACCUAGUAUAUUAGUGGGUGGUAAAUUAAAAGAAUAUCAAAUGAAGGGAUUAGAAUGGAUGGUUUCGUUGUAUAAUAACCACUUGAAUGGUAUUUUGGCAGAUGAAAUGGGUUUAGGUAAAACUAUACAAUCGAUUUCUUUGGUAACUUAUUUAAUUGAAAAAAAGCAUGAAUCAAAAUUUUUAGUGAUUGUUCCAUUAUCCACCAUAACCAAUUGGACAUUGGAAUUUGAGAAAUGGGCACCAUCAGUAAAGGUAGUUGUAUAUAAAGGUUCCCAACAACAAAGAAAAUCGAUGCAAUCGGAAAUUAGAUUUGGUAAUUUCCAAGUUAUGUUAACCACGUACGAGUAUGUUAUUAGGGAACGUUUAUUAUUAGCAAAAUUUCAUUAUUCUCAUAUGAUUAUUGAUGAAGGUCAUAGAAUGAAGAAUUCAAAUUCAAAAUUAUCACAAACUUUAAGACAGUACUAUAAGACAAAAAAUAGAUUAAUAUUGACUGGUACUCCUCUACAAAAUAAUUUACCUGAAUUAUGGGCAUUGUUGAAUUUUGUUUUACCGAAAAUAUUUAACUCAGUAAAGUCAUUUGAUGAAUGGUUUAAUACUCCUUUUGCAAAUACUGGAACUCAAGAAAAAGUUGAAUUAACUGAAGAAGAAUCGCUUUUAGUUAUUAGAAGAUUACAUAAAGUUUUGAGGCCAUUUUUAUUGAGGAGGUUGAAAAAAGAUGUGGAAAAAGAUUUACCAGAUAAAGUCGAAAAAGUUCUAAAAUGUAAUUUAUCUGGGUUACAAUAUGUGCUUUAUCAACAAAUGUUGAAACACAAUGCAUUAUUUGUUGGUGCUGAAGUUGGUGGUGCUAAAAGUGGAAUCAAGGGACUUAACAAUAAAAUAAUGCAAUUGAGAAAAAUUUGUAAUCAUCCAUUUGUUUUUGAAGAAGUUGAAACCGUUUUAAAUUCCACGAGGUUAACAAAUGAUCUCAUAUGGAGAACUAGUGGGAAAUUUGAAUUAUUAGAUAGAGUACUACCAAAAUUUCAAAAAUCAGGUCAUCGUGUACUUAUGUUUUUCCAAAUGACUCAAAUUAUGGAUAUUAUGGAAGAUUUUUUAAGGUAUAGAGAAAUGACUUAUCUUAGAUUAGACGGGUCAACAAAGGCUGAUGAACGUCAAGAUAUGUUGAAAGUUUUUAAUGCUCCUGAUUCUGAAUAUUUUUGUUUCUUAUUAUCUACAAGAGCUGGUGGAUUGGGGUUGAAUUUACAAACUGCUGAUACCGUAAUUAUAUUUGAUACUGAUUGGAACCCUCAUCAAGAUUUGCAAGCUCAAGAUAGAGCUCACAGAAUAGGUCAAAAAAAUGAAGUUCGUAUAUUAAGAUUAAUUACAAAUGAUUCAGUUGAAGAAGUGAUAUUGGAAAGAGCACAUCAAAAAUUGGAUAUUGAUGGUAAAGUUAUUCAAGCUGGUAAAUUUGAUAAUAAAUCAACUGCGGAGGAACAAGAAGAAUUUUUAAAGAAAUUGUUGGAAGCUGAUGCCACAGGAGGAGAUAAUGAUGAAAAUGAUUCUUUAGAUGAUGAAGAAUUAAAUGAAAUUUUAGCAAGAAGUGAAGAAGAAAAAAUUAUGUUUAACGAAAUGGAUAAACAAAGAGGUGGAGGUGCACGUCUUAUAACGCAGUCUGAAUUACCUAAAAUAUUCACAGAGGAUGUUUCUCACCAUUUUGAACCAAAUGUUAAAGAAUUAGGUAGAAUGAGAGAAAAGAAAAAAGUUAUGUAUGAUGAUGGAUUAAGUGAAGCUCAAUGGUUAAAAGCAAUGGAUGAUGAUGAAGAUACUGUUGAAGAAGCUAUCGCAAGAAAGAAGAGAAAAUUAGAACCUGAAUAUCAACUGGUGAUUGAUCAAAUAAUGGAAUUAAAAGAUCCAAACGACGAGCAUUUGGUCAGCGAUAUAUUUUUACAACUUCCAAGUAGAAAAUUGUAUCCAGAUUAUUAUAAAAUCAUUACAAAUCCAAUUUCAAUAAAUCAAAUUCAGAAAAAAGUAAAUCAAGAUUAUUAUUCAAGCACUGAAGAAUUUUUAGCUGAUUUGAAACAAAUGUGUAUUAAUGCUAAAACUUAUAAUGAAGAAGGUUCUUUUGUUUAUUCUGAUGCUUUAAUAUUGGAAGAAUUUUUAAGAACCGUAUAG